AUGUCUUUUCUGGGCUCUCUGAGCUUUCUGGGAUGGAGACGUGUGAAGAAGCUCCUGUCUGCUAUAAGCAAAGUGAAGGUGUUGUACGACACACAGAACCCUGUAUGUCCCGUGUGCCACACCGUUUUGAGACCAGGAGAGCUACAAGAGCACAUGGAACAAGAGCUGACCAAAAUUGCCCAGCUUCAAAUCGGCGCUCCCUCACAUGACCUUCUUCUCAGAACGCCAAAGUCCCUGGGUUUCCAUAUAAAGCGUGAAGGCGGCUCCCCUACGUCCCCUCUGCGGCUUACUGACGAUGUUCACUCUGAUCGAUACCAGACGUUCCUCCGUGUGCGGGCAAACAGACACACCCGGCUCAAUGUCGAUGACCUCUGCUGGUGCAGGUGCUACGUCAAAGCCCCCAUGCGCCCGCACAGCGCAGGAGCCCACCUAGACUGCACUCAGGCGGUCAGGAUCGGGAAGCUGAAGAGACGGAAAGAAGACGGACAGGAGGAGCUGGUGUCUGGGGAGGAGGACUGGGCGGAGCGCAGGAGGAUCCACUCUGUCAUCACAGGACUCAAAGGUUCGGUUUUAGUAAAUACGUCAACAAAAGAGUGUCGAGACAGCGAUGCAGACCUGGACGUAGACGGAGACGACACGCUUGAAUAUGGUCGAGCACAAUACACUGAAACAGAUGUGAUUCCAUGCUCAGGGGAGAGUUCAAAAGAGAUAACCUCAACAUUGGGUGGCUCUGUGGCAGACUUCACUAAGUGGUCAAAUGUGGGGAGCCCAUCCACCAGCUCUGGGGACAAAGCAGAUGCCAGCGGAGCUUCAAUAACCGGCAAAAACACAGACAUUGAAACGGGGUCCGCAGACUCCUCCCUCACCACGCUGGAUGCACUGAAGGCCCGGAUACGAGAACUGGAGAAGCAGCUGUACAAAGGAGACCGCUUCAAGUGUUUGAUCUGCAUGGACUCGUACACCACUCCACUCACAUCCAUCCAGUGUUGGCACGUUCACUGCGAGGAGUGCUGGCUCAGAACACUGGGAGCAAAGAAGCUGUGUCCUCAGUGCAACACCAUCACUUCUCCUGGAGACUUGAGGCGAGUGUUCCCGUGA